AUGAAUCCAACACAGAAACAAAAAGAAAUAAUGCUUCAAUGGAUGAGAUUGCAUCCACAAGUAGCAAGAGGAAGGUUACGUACAAAAGGAGAAAGUCGAAAAGAAAUGAAAGACCUAUUGGAAGACUUGGCACGUACAAUAAACAUAGCUGAUGUUGGUCCUAUGAAAACUAGUGCAGAAUGGUUAAAGACAUGGAAAGAUUGGAAGAUGUAUGUCCUAAAAAAAGAAACAAAACGAAGAAAUGAUGCUUUAAAAACAGGUGGAGGAUCACCAAUAAAGAUAUCUUUCUCCCCUUUAAAAGAAGAAUUAUUAGAAUUUAUUACUCCAGAAGCAGCGGGUUUGCAUAAUAUUCCACAAGGAGGAUUUGAUGUGUGUGAAAGUAUCGUAGAACUAGAUCAGGAUAAUAUAUGUCUGCAAGAAAUACAUGUUGAGGAAUAUGAAAACCAACCCCCACAGAAAAGAUUUUGUAAAAACUAUCAGUUUUUAAACACUAAUACAGGAUUGGCAACACAAUCAUUGCCGCCUAAGACGGCCCAUAUUCAAGAACAAAUAUUAAAACCACGAUCAUUGUUGCCUACGACGAUUCCUAUUCAAGAACAAAAAUCAAAGACGCAACCAUUAUCAAAUGAAACGAUUAAUAUCCAGAAAGAAAAAUUAAUCUUGAAGAAAGAUGAGUUGGUUAUUCAACAGCAACUUUUGAAAGUACAGCCAUCAAUACUGGUUGAAAUACAACAAAUAAAUAACGUAAUAGAUACAUUUGGUCAUUUGGAAUAA